AUGACUACGGUCCCAACUGUGGGCAGUGGAGGACCAGCCAUGGAGGUGAAUUGUGAGGAGUUGGAGAAAGUACUUGUCGGAUCUGACCCUGAGACGUUUUUUCAAAUUGGCUCGGAAUUGCCGCCCCAAGAGAAGUCAACGCUGACUGCCUUCCUCCGACAGAAUUUAGACGUGUUUGCUUGGGACCCCUAUGAGGCCCCCGGGGUCGACCCAGAUUUCAUCUGCCACCGCCUUAAUGUGAACCCGGCCGUAACACCUAAGAGAGGCAUUGAGGCUAACCCCGACCAAAUAAGAGCCAUCCAUAACUUGCAGCCUCCUCGGAACCCUAAAGAAGUCCAGAAGCUUACUGGUAUGAUAGCAGCUUUAAACCGUUUCAUCUCACGCUUAGCAGAUAGAUGCAAGCCAUUCUUUCUCCUAUUACACAAGUGGAAAGGAUUUGAGUGGAAUGAAGACUGCGCUGUAGCUUUCCAACAAUUAAAGGAGUACCUCGCCCGACCACCAAUUAUGUCCAGUCCAAAUGCCGACGAGGUUUUGUUUGCCUACAUUGCGGUAGCCUUGCAUGCAGUGAGCUUGGUGCUAAUCCGAGAAGACAACGGCACACAGCGACCAGUCUAUUACAUUAGUAAAUCACUGCAGGAGGCAGAAACACGUUAUCUUCCCCUCGAGAAGGCUAUCUUGGCUGUUGUGCAGGUCACUCGAAAGCUUCCACAUUACUUUCAAGCGCACACUAUGGUGGUGCUGACACAACUCCCCAUAAAAUCUGUCCUACGUAGCGCCGAUUACACAAGCAGAAUUGCAAAGUGGGGAACGAUCUUGGGCGCUUUCGAUAUUAGGUACAUGCCUCGUAUUGUUGUAAAGGGCCAGGUCCUUGCUGACCUAAUAGCAGAGUUUGCGGAGCCCACGCUAGAGGAACAAAACGUGGCGGGACCUCUAGGGGCUGAUGAGAAGAUGAUCAGCACGGUCUCCCAGCAUGAAAACACCUGGUGGAAAGCGCACGUCGAUGGCGCAGCGAACCAAAGGGGCUCAGGGUUAGGACUUGUCCUGCUCUCACCUGAAGGGAUAACCAUAGAGAAGUCAUUGAGACUCGGGUUUGCAGCCACGAAUAACGAAGCCGAAUACGAGGCGCUAUUGGAAGGAAUGGGAAUGAUCCGGAGGUUGGGGGGAAAAUUCGUAGACAUGUUCUCGGAUUCAAGACUUAUUGUGGGGCAGAUAAAUGGGGACAUGGAAGCAAAGGACGAAAGAAUGCAAGAGUAUCUAGUUCGGGUUAAGCACCUGCAGACCCAAUUUCGUCACUUCCGCCUGAUGCACGUACCCAGAAGUAGGAACACUCAUGCUGAUUCUUUCACGACGUUGGCUACCUCCUCGGCUCAACCCCUACCCCGAGUCAUUCUGGUAGAAGAGAUCCUCCGUCCAUCAACAGAGAGGGCAAAUGGGAUUGGAAUACAUAACAUCAGGGCAGGACCGAGCUGGAUGGACCCUAUCGUUCUAUACUUAAAGCAUGAUACCUUGCCAGACGAUAAAAUUGAGGCUGGCAAAAUCAAGAGAAAGGCUACUCGAUUCUGGUUAUCGGAGGACUCCAAGCUUUACAGACGCUCGUUUUCAGGGCCGUAUUUGCUAUGUGUGCACCCAGAGGCUGCAGAACUCGUCCUGGAGGAGUUACAUGAACGAAUUUGCGGAAGUCACACGGGGGAUAGGCAAUAA